GGUCGUGAAAUGAAUAAACAUUCAUUCGCUUUAUUUAAAUCGUUUUGUUUCAGCGCGUAUUCGCUUACAACCUUUGCUGCACUGCGGGCGCUGAACACCAGUACGCUCGUUUCAAUCUCAACUCACCCAAAAAGGUUUUGGUUCGUUGACGGACAUCUUCAUCGAAACGGAGAAACAGAUGUGUGCAAACAGUGGAAGAACAAAGUGUUAAAUUGUGUGCUUGUGGAGCAGAGGUAAAUGUGAAGCCGUUCUUCGCUCUGUAACAACCCGAGUGAAGUGGGCAACCAUUUUAAACUGGUGACAGAAAAGUUGUGUGCGGUUUUGUGGUCUUGAAAAGGAAAGAAAAAAAAAAACAAUUACAAGCUAGGAAGCACGUUUGCCUGCCAGCUCCGGGAUAUGGUGCGGUACGAAUACAGUGCGCUGGAAAGCGAACGCCUCAAUGCACCAGAGUGCUGCCCGUGCAACAAACUGCAGCAAUCAUAUGGGAUGCAGCGAUUGACUGCCGUGUGCGUACGAAUGGUGGUGACAUAAUAAAACGGCAAUUCGUUACUGAAUAGAUGGGAAAAAGGCACUAGUAGCAGCACUUCCCCCUCGGAGCGCAUUCCCUUUAUAAUACUUUUCCGCAAAGAAUAAUCGAUAGGCUGCGCUAGCCUGCGAAAGCAAAAGACAGCUGUUUGCGUAGAGCAUAAACAGAAGAGCCAAACAAUCGUGCAGUGCGUUCAGUGUGGUGUGUGUGUGUGUAUCGGUGUGAAUGUGGUUGUGAAAAUCGAUGCGUUUGAUUAUCCUCGCAGGAUCCAAGUGACCUUGUGGAGCAAGAGGAAGUUAGUCUACACGACAGAGCACGGAAUAGCAAGCGGUACACGAAAAUGUGGUGCCUGGUGAAUCUCCCGAACGGGACAACGUCCGGCGUCCAGUGUGACCCGAAAAGGAUCAGCCAGGAGUGUCUGGAGAAGGUGUGCGCCGAUCUGGGAAUCAUCUGCGAGACCGACUACUUCGGCCUGAUCCCGGUCCGGGACGGCGACAGUGUGGCCGAUGUGGAUGAAGGCACGGCAAAGCAGUGGAUCAAUCUGCGCAACCCGCUGCACCUGUACACGAACGAUCGUACCCAUCCGAUCGUGUUCUCGCUGCGCGUCAAGUUCUGGGUACCGGCCCACCUGAUCCUGCAGGGCAGUGUGCGGUCGCUGUUCUUCAUGCAGGCCCGCCAGGAGCUGUUCGACGGUCAUCUGCGGCCGUCGAGCUGGACGAAUGCGGCCUACCUGGCGGCGCUGCUCCUGCAAGCCGACGGCUACAAGUACGAUCCGGCCAAAGUGCCCAGCACGAGCGAGAUGCUGCCCAACGGUGCAGCCUCGGUGACGUCAUCGCUCGAGCGACGACCGGCGGCGCAAGGACUGAGGCGUCCCUCGAAGCGCAAAUGCUCCGAGUUGGAGUGUAAGCGGGGCAGCGUUAGCUCCCAAACCAGUGGCAGUAGUUCCGUGGCGCACGGAGGGCCACAGCUGGACGAAGGAGCGCCGGCGGCGGGCCAUACUGUCGCGGGGUCCCAGUCGUGUGGCGAUGGAGCCAACGGCAAUGCACCAAAGAAUAUCUACCAUCGGUACGGUGCGCUGCGACCUGCAUUUGGUGAUGCGGACGAGGAGGACGAGGAGGAAGGCACGGCUGAGCCGGUUCCGCAGCCGGCGAACUUUUACCAGCUGAUUGCCCAGGAGCACGAGAAGCUGUCGCGCAUCCGCAUGACGGCCACGUCGGCCCAGUACUGGCUGCUGGAGGAAAUCUGCAGCCUGGCCGGAUAUGGGGAGGAGAUCUUCGAGGGCGUCACGAUCGCUGAACCGGUGGUUGUGUGCAAAAUCGGCGUUAGCCCCCACGGGCUAACGAUCGUGAAGGACGACGAAAAGUAUAGCGUUCCGUUCACCGCAGUUAAGGCGGCCAAAUCGAUUAAGCGCUCCUUCCGGUUGACGUACAUGAACGAGAACCACGAGGAGACGUACGUGGAGCUGAAGCUGCCGAACCACCGGACGGCGGCCUCGCUCUACCGAGCAAUUACCGAGAAGCACGUCUUCUACUCGUGCGAAACGGUGCGGCCCAUCGUGACGACGCAGUUCAUACGCGAUCUCAAAGGCACGAUCGUGUCGAUGUUCAACGAGGACACCGAGCUCGGCAAGCGGUACGUGUUCGACAUACAGCGCACCUGCCGCGAGGUGUACGAUGCCGCCCGGCGGACACUGCACGCCCGCGGCAUCGAGAUCGCGCCGAGUGCCGAGGAGCACGCGGAGACGCCGGCCGCUGCCCUCGGCCGGCUGGAGGAAACGCUCCGCAGUCGGCAGGACGAGUCCGGUCAGCUCGAGAAGCUGCUGGACGAGCGGAUACGGGAGGCGAUCACGUGUCCGAUCUGUGCGGACGGCGAGAUCGAUACUACCUUCCUGCCGUGCGGGCACAUGACCGCCUGUCGGGCCUGCGCCGUACAAUGCGACCGCUGCCCGUUGUGUAGGGCUAACAUCGAAAGUACCAGUAAAAUCUUUCUGCCUCCACUGUUGCAGUCACGCAAGGGGACGAUUGCGAGCCGGCGACCAUCGGAAACGGCUGCUGCAGGUGUUGUCGGGGGCGCAGGCGGUGGUGGUACUGAGCUGGCUGGUGCUGUUGCUUCCAAGGCACCAGCAGCCGCACCUUUGGUACAAUAAAACGAGGUCGAAACAGCGCAUUAAGAGCAGGCAGUAUCCCUUAGCGCCAGCGUGCGCGCAUCAUAUCGCCUCGUUUUUGCGAGGGGAGUAGCAAGAUAAUGUUUAGAAGAUAAGCGAAUUGGUGAUAUUAUUUGUUAAUCGUACUCUGUUGCGGAUGAGGAGGAGGGGGCCCUGCUCGGAGGGGCGAGGAUGGAUGGUUUCGUGCUGGAUGAUGGGAGUUAGAGUUAGCAGUGAGAUACAGGAGGAAAAGAAAUGAUAGAAGUACGAAGUACGACAUCAGGAAAAGAUAUAUAGUCAAUGAAUCAAUGCAAAUCUUUAUUAUUACCACUAGUGUGCGUGCUCUGUGUGUUUGUGUGAGCGCAUGGUGGCACACGCCUAGGUCCUAGCACGUAAGCUGUUAAGUUUAUUGAUCCUAAUAUUGGUUAGUUUUAAAAUCAGUGAUACUUUUAGCGUUUUUUUUGCUAUGUACCUUGUUUUAGGAAUCCAAAAAAAAGAAAACAUCCAAUAGUCAGGACUACAGUUUCGUGGCAAGUAGCGGAAGAAAAGAAUCAGCGUGCUAAAAUCGCACUCGCCUAUCAGGUUUUAUAUUCAGCAGACCAGUAAACGAUUGAAUGUCGUAGUAUUGA